AAAGUGCUGUGUGUGUGUAUGUAACGAAGUGAAAAUUAGAGUAAUUUGCAGUUCAAGUUUAAUUGCUUUAUAUUCAUUCAGUUUAAUUAAAGUAUUUAAAGUGAAUGAAUCGUAUGAACGCGGAAAGUUAUUCAAAAGAUAUUCGCGAGUUUACUUCACUCCGAGCGCGUUGUUUUGGACAAUGAAAAAUCCCCAAAACUUAAUUUCAGAUUUUUUAAAGAAUUUUUGAAAAAAUAAAAAAAUGUCGUUUCUUCUAUCUGGAAUUGCUAGCAUCACGCUAUGGAUGACGACGUGGAUCUUGUCGUUCGUCGAAUGUUUGUUACACUAUUUUGUUAUAAUUCUUGUGGAUUCGGCAGAGAAACCGUAUCAAUUGAUCCUUUUACUCUUCUUGCUAAUAAUUAUUUACUAUUCUUCAGUUAAUUACGAUAAAACUGUGGAUAUGACAGAGAUAGGUUACGAUUAUUUACGUCCUAAAGCCAGGAAACGACGUCAGAAAUUAUCUUUGCUGGUACGAGAAGUUAACGAAACCAGAGAUCCUGGUGAACUCCCUCCUGUAUAUCCUAAUGGUUGGAUACCUUUAAUGGAAUCUAGGGAUCUUCAAAUUGGAAAAUCUGCACCUGUAACUGCCUUAGGUAAUAGUGAAAAUUAUUUUUUUAAAAAUUAAAUUAUUAUCCUCUCAUUCCGUCGCGUC